CGGUGAAACACGCUCCAAAAGCCGUGGCUUCCGCGCACGCGGCACCUUCAGGCCGGGCAUUAACCGCUUCCUCUCUCCCCAACGCCCGGUUCCUUCCGCCCUUGGCUUUCCCAGCUGACCCCAACCGACCGACCCAUCUCCUAAAUCCAAACCCACGUCGCGUGCGGCCGCCGCACUCCCUUUUCCCUUCUCAUAAACCCCCAUCUCCCGAUCGGCGUAUGGCCACAGCGCCCGCGCCGCCCUCCGCCGCCGAGGAGACGACGACGACGAGCAGGAGCAGGAGCAGCCAUCACCACCACCAACACCAAUGACGCCGCACGUGCCGAGGGAGAGCCGGCAUCGGCACGCGCCGCCCGGGGAGGUCCCGCCGAUGAGCGCCGAGGACGUGGCCGCCAUCGAGGCCGUCCUCGGCUACGAGUUCGCCGACAAGUCCCUCGUCGAGCUCGCGCUCACGCACGGCUCCUUCUACUUCCCCUACCGCCCCGGGGACACCUACGAGCGCCUCGAGUACCUCGGCGACGGCGUCCUCACCUGCCUCAUGUCGCGGGAGGUCUUCCGCAACUACCGCACCCUCCCGCCGGGCCCGCUCACCAGGCUCCGCGCCGCCAACGUCGACACCGAGAAGCUCGCGCGCGUCGCCGUCGACCGCGGCCUCCACCGCUUCCUCCGCCACAAGGCACCCAAACUACAAGACCAGAUCUGUCUUUUCAUAGAAGAAAUGCGCAAAUAUCCAGUUCAUUCAAAUGGACUAUUGGAUCCUCCUAAAGUUCUUUGUGACAUUGUGGAAUCUCUUAUUGGUGCCAUAUACUGGGACUCCGACUUCAACCAGGAGGAGGUUUGGCGGGUCUUUCGAACUUUGGCUGAUCCACUUAUUGGCUUAGAGACAUUAGGCAAGCACCCAGUAACCGAGCUUUUUGAGUUUUGCCAAAAGACUCGCCGAGGGGUGAAAUUUGUGAAAGAUGAAUGGGAUAAGAGUUUGAAGGUUGAGGUGUUGAUUGAUGGUGAGCUAGUUGCAAGUGCUACUUAUGGUCCAAAGAAGGAGAUAGCUCAGAACCGUGCUGCCAAGGCUGCUCUGGAUAAGCUAAAGGAAACACUUGGACAGACCCAAAGUGAAUCAGCAUCAGCAGAUGUUUCUGACGCAUUGGACGAACUAGAGAUAGCUGGAACACUAAAAUGUCAGUGACAUACAGAUGCAUCACAUCAUAGGUGUAAUGAAUGACAUGUUCUGUCAUGUGCUUCUAUGCUUCACCAUUUUAACAAUCAAGUCCUAGUGAAAUGGUGAAGCAUAGAAACACUAGGUUGGUCCAUUGUCAUUGAAUUUCUAUGUUGCUAUGUAAUUAUCGAUAUUUAAACACUGUCAUUACCAGUAAUUUAGGUGACAUGGUACUAAGAUAUUGUUCAAUCGAUUUAAUUUCAAGCUCGACCUUGAAUUUUUGAAG